AUGGACCACCGCUCAUCUUCUUGGGACAACAUGCUGAGCCCGGUCGAGAAUCGACUCUCGAACUACAUGCUCGGGUCCACCACUGACCUAAACGUCACUUUCACGACAAACGCCAGUAGCGACACCUGUCACAAUCUCAGUGGCUGGGACCGUGGAGAAUCCAGCUCCAGCGUUAAUAACAACAACACACAUGACAACAGAGCUGAUUCCAAAACGAGCCCCGGGUGGUCUAACUUUUUCGAUUCUUGCCCCUUACCCGACCCGACUUCAGAGAACUGGUCUUUCAGGCCACCACAGCCGAGUGUGGGCCCUUCUUCUUCCAGCAGGCAAAAUUACAGCUCUGCCCGUGUUGGCCUCAGUUUGAACUCUAAUGACGGGUACGAAAGGGAGCCUCAUCGUUUUUACAAGUCAGAUCGCUCGGAAAUCGACACAUUUUAUGCUUCUUCGAGUAAUUUAGGAGCUCUUAUGGGCGGCUCGAGUGCUUCAGCAGACAAUGAUGAAGUAUCAGGCCCCCCGUCAGGCUCGCAUUUCGGGUCUUGGGGUUCGUCUUGCAAGAGAAAGGCUCUUGAGGGUACCUCUGGAAGUUCGAGCUCUAACGAGCAGAACCCUUUUCCCGGUAGUUACCAUUCUCGAGGAAAUUUAAGCAUAUCUUCGUCUGGUUCGCUCGACUUGCCUCCAGCCAUUAACCAAGAACAGGUUAAUAAUCCUAGCACUGGUUUUUUCCCAUCCUCUAGCAGUGGUUUAUCCGAAAGCCCGGCUAGAAAUUUCGCUUCAAGAUCGAACCUUGCACUUCGUGAGCCGAUUCUAUUUGAUAAUUCAAGAAUCACUUCUUCAAGGAACCUCACUGCUUAUUCCUCCGAAUCAAGAUCACCCGUGAGGAUUACAAUGAGCCCAAACGCACCCUUAAGCUCAAAUGAGUCUACCAGAGGAGGAGCAAACCCUUACCCAGUUUGGAACGGGCCUUCGAGUUCUAGAGCUCGGGACCGUGAGGAAAUCAGUGUGAGAACCUAUCGAAGAACUAAUAAUAAUAAUAAUAACAAUGUUGAGUACCCUCGAAAUGCCUCGGCCUCGCAGGACCAAGUCGAUUGGAGUUUUGUGCCUGGGAACUCGCUGUCUUCAAGAAAUCACUCAUUGGGCUUGCGGGCCUGCCCAGGUUCUGGGGGCAAUCGGGCCUCGUCUGCUUAUAUGGCUCCUCAUCCGAGCCCGCCAUCUCAAAAUCAUGAGAGGUGGCCCGAGACUGCCACAUGGGUCCCGCCUUUUCAUCGUGGUGAAAGUGAAUCCGGGAUUCGGAGGGGUCACAUUGUCCCGCAUUUGGGUUCUCCUUCAGAUGAGGCGGGCCCCAGCAGCAGCCGGUCGCGAAAUCAAUUGGAUCAGAGGUCAUCACCGGGGUUUUUGAUGGAUGUGACUGGUGAUGAUGUCAGCGGGUGGCGCUCUUUAGCGGCUGUAGAGAGCAGGCAUAGGCUGAUUCGUCAAGUGCUGAGUGCCAUGCGUAGGGGUGUCCACUUACAGGCCGAGGAUUAUAUGCUCGCUGACCCUUUUUUAAGUGGAUUUGCCGAGUUGCACGACAGACACAGAGAUAUGAGGCUUGAUGUUGACAAUAUGUCAUAUGAGGAAUUACUGGCUUUGGAGGAACGAAUAGGAAAUGUGAGCACUGGAUUGACUGAGGAACGAAUUACGGGCGCUAUGAAACAAAGGAAAUUCGACUCGAUUGGUGUCUUGUCAAACUUGGAGCCAUGUUGUGUUUGCCAGGAGGAUUACAUUACUGGUGACAAUAUCGGGAUAUUGGAUUGUGGGCACGAAUUUCACACGGGCUGCAUCAAACAAUGGCUCACGGUCAAGAAUCUGUGCCCCAUAUGUAAGAUGACGGGCUUGGGAAUUUAA